CAAAAAAAUGUUUUCCUUACACUCGCGGUCCGCUUGCGUCAGUACGAUUCGCACGCCCCUCGCUAAACUAUUUUCGUAUUAUCAUAAGUACGGUGUUUGUAAAUGUAAUUAAUUUUUUCACUAAUAUUUAAAUUUACACACAUAAGUUUAUACGUAUAGUUUGUAAUAUUUGUAUACGCACUAUAUCGAUAUACAUAAACACAUUUGUUUGGUUUGCGCGUUUAUACAGCGUAUUUACAUUAAAAUUAAAUUAAUUCUAUAUAUUUUUCGUCCAAAACGGUUUCCAAUUAGUUUUUUUGGAUGUCUUUUGACGACCGCCGGCUGUCCGAGGCCAGAAGGGGCAGCAUUAGUUCCUACAUCAACAAAAAGAAAUUCCUCGUCAAGACAGAGAGAAGUGGAAAUGUCUACGUUCACGUCCAGGGAGAUCUUACCCAGCAGGACAAGAGAGCAAUAUUCCUCACUGUUCAUGACCUGGGAUGCAAUCACAUAUCGUUUGAGAACUUCGUCAACCAGCCAUGCAUGAGUGAAAUUAAAGAUCGAUCAAUAUUUAUCCAUAUUGACGUGCCUGGCCAUGAAGAUAACGCGGAUACUCUACCUGACUCUUUUCAGUUUCCUUCAUUGCAAGUGCUAGGAGAAGAUUUAGUGGCUGUUUUGAAUACUUUGCACGUUCGUUAUGUUAUUGGAUUAGGAGAAGGGGCUGGUGCCAAUGCAGUAGCUAGGUUUGGUUUGGCACAUCCUACGCGAGUUUUGGGGUUGAUACUCAUAAAUUGUACUGGAUCAGCUACAUCGGUGAAGGAAAAUUUCAAAUCAAAAUUCGUAAACUGGAAAGGAAAAUCAACUGUGAGUCAAUCAGCGAUGGAUUAUUUAAUUUUCCACAAAUUUGGACAUCAACUUAUGAAUGAAACAAACCCGGACAAAGAAUUGGUCAUUAAUGAGUUUGUAAAACGUCUUCAAGGCACUAUAAACUCAAAAAAUCUCAAACAAUACGUAAACGCAUUUCUCAACCGAAAAGAUCUUAUGCUUAAAGACUACAAACAAGACAUAUUAUUGGUAACUGGAGUUUUGGGCUCUUACGCUAAUGUUGUCGAGAAGUUACAUCGCGAUUUGAACAAGCACAAGGCUACAUUAUUAAAAAUUGAAAGGGCUGGAGAUGUUUUAGCAGAAGCACCGGCAAAAAUGGCACAAAGCAUCCUGUUAUUCUGCAAGGGACAAGGCCUACUUACAUCGGUCACGCUGCCAGGUAUCGAGAGACAGCGCACAUUCUCAGGCAGUUCAUCGGAUGGCGAGCGUCCGAGGCGCAGUUUGUCACGCGGUAUGAGUAUGGAAGACUACGAUCGACCAAACAUUCGGCGACUAUCCAUAUCUGUUAACGAAAACCUACCGUCUCCCAAAUAAAGACUAAACGAAUGAACCACCCACGCAUAAACGAUUGGCUAAAUUGAUCUACGCUGUUUGAAAACAUACAUUUAAAAAAAAAAAAUCUAGUCAUUAACUUCUAUUAUUACUUCUAUUUAUACGUGUAAUACAUUAAUCUUGCAUGAAUUGUCGUUAGUUCCUCUAGUCGCCCAAAAGAACCAAAUAUCCUUGUAUUAUAUAAUAUAUAUAUAUGUACGUACACACAUAUAAUAUUAUAAUAUAUCUUGCCCCUCGAUUCCGCCCACAUAUCAGUAUUACAAGAUUACACUAAAAAAAAAAAGGCUCUUAAUUGUUCUUACUUUAUGGAACGCGUUCCUACAAUGACAAUAUAAGCGAGGGCCAAGAAUAAUAUGUUUUAUUCGUUCUUACAAUAUUUUUUUAUUUUCGCCGAAAUAGUGAGGUCGGACUGGUGAUGGCAUUGAUACAUUUUGUCGACGGCUAUAUAGCGAAACCGUUGACAAUUUUUUUUUUGUUUUUUUUUUUUUUUUUUUAACAAAAUGAUUGUGAUUUCACUUCAUUUCAUGCCAAAGUAUUUAUUAAUUUUUUUUUCAAUUGUUGACGAAAUUUGUUUGUGCGAAACACAUUUAAAUCAUUCAAAUGUUUAUUUUAGCCACGGGUGAGAAGCCAUCAUUUUCACAUUUUUUUUUCUUUAUUUUAUAUUAAAUACAUGAUUUUGUUGAAACAACAUAAUAUAGUGGGGAACAUGUUAUUCAAGAGACUGAAAUUCAGUUUUUGCUUGAUUAAUUUGAUUUAAUCUAGAACACUUUAUACGUAGAAGCUUUUAAACGACGACAACGCUCAGUGGCUAAGCACUAAUUAAGUGCAAAUUAUACAUAAAAUAUAAAUACACAAAGAUUUAUACAUGGAUAUUUUUAAAUAUUUAUAAAUACGAUUUAUAUAAUAAUGUAGAUCUUUCGUUAUAUGUUUAUUAUAAAUAUAAUUUUUUUUUCGUAGUUUUUAAGCUUUUUACACUGGUAGUUGUUAUUGUUGCUAAGCUUUAUAAUAACAUUAUUAUCAUUAUGAAAUAUGUAGGCAUACAUAAUAUACAUACUAUACAUAUACAUAAAUAUAAUAAUUAUAACUGUGUUGAAAUACAUUUAUUAUGCAAUGUUAGUUGUAUUAUUAUUUAUUUAUUAUGAUUAUAUAUAAUUAAUUGUUAUUACAUAAUGAUAAUCAAG